AUGAACUUGAAUCAACAACAGCAAGAGGCCAGAGAUACAGUUCAUGUCAGGUUUGAUCACUGCGCUCCUGGUCUACCACGUCCGUACCGAAUCGGUACUGGUGUGAAUCUGAAGCUGGACGCUGGUCUGUGGCUCUUGCACACAAAAACGCAAGCGAGGUGCAAUCAUCUACGUUUAAAGCCAGUCGUGCAAGACUUUCGUACCCAGAAAAGUGACGUUCUGACCUUCACAGCGGUUCUUUUCGACCGCUCUGACUGUCGAAACAUCUAUGCCAAGCUAGACUGGCAGCACGACUUCCGGACUGCAACUCUGAGAGAUCUGUUCUCUACGGCAGAGCUCACCGAAGCCACUCAGACCGGCAAGAGACUCGUUAUACUUGUGAGGAUUGGCUGGAUCUGGGAUUCAGCCGCUCGAUGGCAUUCUGUGUUGGAGGAAUUCCAGCCGUCCGUGCAAUUCUGGACUCCCGACGCACACAACCCAAGAGAAGAUCGCCGUGAGGAGCCGGAGGAAGUGCCACCGAGACAAGCAAGUCAUCCUGAUAUCUCUGCCACGGCUGUCUUGCACAUUAAGAUCCCACCGAAAGGACCAUGCCAGGUAUCAUAUCACGGAAUCGGCGAACAAGCCAAAGUGGAUUCCGAUCAGCACAUGUCACUUCUCUACGGCCGUUGGGGGCUGCCAAAGCUUACGUUCCAGAAGGAUACACCGCUUCCAGGAGUGGGACUCAGCGAUCCGAAGACGCCUCUGCACCUUGCGGUUCGCCUCAUCAACCAGCUGCAGCUCAUGGGGCUUGAUCAGGUCACUUUGCCAGCUCAUGUCCGCAUCGAUCUAGCCUCAUGCGAAGUGACUGCGACUCGAAUCAAGACCGCGAUUCGUUAUGCACUUGACCAGACGAAGCAGAGGUUCGACCACGGGAAGGCAAAAGAUGACCUGACCAGAACCAAGCGUCUAUUCGAGAGUGGGUCGAGCAACGAUUGGAAGGUCGAGCUCUGGGUCUUGCCACAGGGACAUGAUGUGAUGACCUUCCACGCCUACGAAGGUACCUCUCUGGCGAACUUUUGUAUGCCGGGUUGGGAAGGACAUGGUCUCUACAUGGAGGCGCACAUCGUUCCCGCAGAUAUCCACUACACUCUGCAAAGCGAAGUGCCUGCACCGCCAAAAACGGUCGAUCAAGAGGAAAGCGAGGGGAGCGAGUCGUCUGAUGCAUCUGCAGAGAUCGACGCCAACACUGUCGACCUGUAUGGGUACGAUGGGGACGCUACCGGGGUCGAGAACUUCCGGUAUCAGCAACGGCUCGGACCAGCACGUCUUGACUGGCCCACCACGUACUUCGAGUACUUUCUGUAUGUCGACCUGAUCCCUUCAUCUGGCCGUUCAGAAACUGCGGACGGCGAAUCGGGUACUACUUCUAGCAUGCAAAGGGCUACGCUUCAGGCCAUUCUCAACAAGAGACACACCGUCGAUGACUACGACAACCGUGAGACACAACACUUAACAGUGGCAGAUGGAAGUCACAGUUCGACCGACGUUCCAGACAUCAUCUACUAUCUCGGCAUCAAUGUCAUCAAUAGUCUCCAUGCACUGAGUCUUGACGAUGUCCAGAUCCCUCCGAUUCUGAUGAGAACAUCCCAGCCAGCGUCCUUGACUACAUCGAGUGUUUUUCGACGAAUCUUCGACGCACUGGAAUCUCCGGCGGGCCUGACUCAGGAGGCUGAGGAUGCCUUGAGUCGUCUCUUCCACAAUGAAAUCAAGCAGAAGUGGCGCCUACAGCUCUGGUACUUGCCACAAGGCGAGGGAAGUACAGUCAUGUACGUUCCUAGAGAGAUCAGCUGGAAUCAGCUAUUGGUUGAGAGCGACCAUACACUGUAUCUUGAGGCUCAUGCGAUACCAGUCGUCAGAGAUGAGGACGAGCAGACUAUAUCAACGCCCGAGAAGAAGAUCGACAAGGGCAAAGGUCGCGCUACUGUGGCUGAUCUUAUGGAGGAUGAAGAUGAAUUAGAUGCGGAUGAUGGACUUUCUGGUGCUACAGGAGGCAACGACAUGGACGGCUGGAGCAGCUUCGAGAAGAAAAUUGACAAGAGCAAAGGCCGUGCCCUUGACGUGGAUGUCACACGAGGCGAGGAUGGAGCAAAUGCGGACCAAGAAUCUGCUGGCAACGGAGGGUGGACUGACAAUUCGUAUGUCGCACAAUGGCCGCAAGAUGAUGCUCGCUCCAAUCCAGAAGAUGUCGAUGGGCUCAGCAAUGCCUUGGGCACCGCGAAUCUUUCCGACAGCCAGCAGGAGAUGAAUCAUCCCGACUUCCAGCGUGCCAUAGAGAAGUCGCUCCAGGAUCAACACCCGCAGAAUAAUUCACAGAGGCCAAGCCCGUCGCCGCGCAUACUUGACCUACCCGAGGGCAGUGCCGCCGCUGAACGACGCAGACUGAGGGAGGAUAGAGAAGCGAAUAACGUCAUCGAUGAAGCACUGGAACAGAACGUCGAUGAAACGCUUGGAGCGAACUUCUAUCAGGACGGGGAGGAGGAGGGCAAUUGGGAUGAGGAAUGA